UUUGACUCUUCUUUCUACGACGGUGGGAUGUGGAGCUAGAAUAUAAGUUUCAAAAUCCAAAAGUUACUAUUUACAAAAGAUGUUCAUGGAGAAUCUAAUAUAAUUUUAGUAUUUUCCCUCUUGAAUCCAACUCGACUCGCCUGAUAUUGAUCUUAGAAAAGGGUUAUCGGGUCCGAAAGCCGAUCCGAUAGUUCGAAGGCUGAAAAGAAAGCCUCGUUAAUAAAAUCCGAUUCCCAGAAAUCGUUGGCUCGAGGCAAUCUUGAAAAUCCUCGUUACCCCGCCAAUGCCAUGUUCGCUCUCUCUUCCGUUCACCCAAUCCUCCUCCCUCAUCCCUUAAACCCUAACCCUAGCCCCCGAAGAAUCAGGAGGACGAGGACGAGGACGAGGAGGAGAACCCUGACCCCGACGAGCUCGAGGGAGGCGGAGCGCGGCGUCGAGUUCGAGACCGGCGACUCCUUCUUCCGCCGCGAGAGCGCCGUGGGCCGCGACCUCGGCGUCCUCUCCGCCUCCCUCCUCCGCCGAUGCUGUGGCGGCGGCGGCGGCGGCCUCCGCGUGCUCGACGCCAUGUGCGGGUGCGGCGUCCGCGCCCUCCGCUACCUCGCCCAGGGCGGCGCCGACUUCGUCUGGGCCAACGACGCCUUCGAGGGCUCCCGCCCCCUCGUCCUCGCCAACCUCGCCCGCGAGCCCAGGUUCUCCACCCUCGGUGAGCGGAGGUGGGUCGUAACCCACUUCGGUGCCAAUAGGGUUCUCGCCGAUUGCUAUCUCCGGAGAGAGUUCUUCGAUCUGGUCGACGUCGACUCCUUCGGGAGCGACUCCUCGUUCUUGAGAUCGGGCAUCGCCGCGGUCAAGAUCGGAGGGCUUUUGUACGUCACGUCGACCUGCGGUAGAUCAUCAGGAGGGCAUCGCCCUCGUUGUUCUUUGGCUUCCUAUGGAGCAUAUGUUCGCCCAGUGCCAUAUUCAAAUGAGAUCGGUUUGCGAAUGCUUUUAGGUGGUGCUUUACGUGAAGCAGCUGCUGUAGGCUUUCAGAUAACGCCACUGUUCUCAUACUAUUCGUAUCAUGCUCCUGUAUUCAGAGUGAUGCUACAAGUUUCCCGUGGAAAGGACCACGACUUCAGCCAUUACGGCUUCAUAAGUUACUGCAAACUAUGUGGGCACUCUCAAACUUAUUCUUGGGAUGAACUCGGGCAGAUUUCCUGUCCUUGUAGAAAUGGCGAGGUUUCCAGCUCUGUAGUUGUCUCUGGUCCGCUUUGGACCGGCCCUCUUCAUGAUGCGGCAUAUUUAUCUGAUAUGUUAAGAUUAGCUACGGAAUGGGGAUGGGCAUACACUGACGGCAAAGGCAACGGUGUCGAUUUAGAAAAGCUUCUCAACCUAAUGAUCGAGGAAAGUGACCCUCUGCUGCCUUCUGGAUACAUCAAACUCGACGAGGUGUGUUUAAAUGUUCCGAUGGGUAUUAAUCUUACAUCCCUCCUUUCUCCGAUCGACAGAUUGCAAGCCGAGCGAGAAUUAAUUCUCCUCCCCUCGCCACCCUCAUCAACAGCUUACGAAGGGAAGGCUACGCCGCGUGCAGAUCACAUAUUGCUCCGAACGCAGUCAAGACGAAUUGCCCGAUGGCUUCUUGCCUCGAGCUGGCUCACGCAAUUCGGCAUCAAAGGUGAGUGAAAUUUUCAGCUAGUUGGCUUUGGGAGCACCAUCAAAUGCGUGCAAGGAGGAGGGAGGUUCCACUUUUGGAAGAGGAAGCAAAAGCAAACCUGUACGUGCUGACGAUGGUGAUUUGAUCCAAUUUUCAGAGAUGGCCUGUCUGCCCAACUGAAUAUUCACCGCACGAUUUGGUAUCUUGCCUGAGGGUAGGUUGCACGCGAAACCUUAAAUAGUUUUUUCUUAAAAAAAAUAAUAAUUUUUUAUUUUUUAAGAUCAAUUUGCAUAAAAUAUUUAUUGAUUUUGCAAAAGCGGGCCAGGUUGAAUUUUAUAUAUUCAAUCUAAAUUUUUAACCUUUAUCACUGUCUCUUCCUCCGCCUCCAUCGGCGCCGGAGGGGAGGGCUCAGAAUGUGUGUGGGUCGUGGGUGGAGCAACGAGGUCGUAAUCGAGGCGGUGUUCAUUAGCGUCUGUGAUGGUGAGAACGGAGACGUGCUUUUCCAAAGAGCAUAUUAUUGAGCCACUAAUGGCGUCAUUCGUUUGUUACUCGUCUCCUUUUAUAACUUGAUCAGAGAAAUUUUUAAAAAGCACUUAUAUCUUUUA